AUGGACAGAAUGCAAACUCAGAUGUAUCAGCAUUUGAAAUUAUAUCCAGAAGAUGAAUAUGGCCCCCAGUCUAUGAAGAAACCCGUGGUUGUUGAAUCUUAUAACGAGAUUGUUUUCCCUGAACCCUCAGAGGUUUUUCUUGCACGUGUACAAAAUCAUCCUGCCGUUAAUGUGCCUAGGCUUCCUGCUGGUUUGAAUUUAUCAUGUUCUGUACCAAGCGAUGUUGUGAAUGAUAUGGAGAGAGGUGACACCAAAGAUCAUCCUCUAACUCAAUGGUUCUUAAACUUCUCUGAGGAUGAUGAGAUCUUAAAACUUGCAGCAGCUCGCCAGCAGAUGCUAUGCUAUAGCGCUUUCUUUUGUUCCUUAAAGUAA